AUGUCUCAUGUGGUUCAGGAAGCCAAUUUGUCGUGUUCCGCCGGGAAAAAUGGUCAAAGUGUUCGUCGUUCAAGUACCCGUUCGCGGAAGCCUAAUUCUUCACUGUAUCAAGAAGCAGUUACAAUGGAAAGAAUCCGAGAACUUAGAAAGAGAAGAGGCAGAGUGCUCUCUGCCUUGACGGCCAAGCGUAAAGAAAUUGACAGCUUAUUAACGGAUGAGAACAAUGUUGAAGCAGUCAAGGUGAAACUGACAGAGAUUACUUCCCUUUUUCAAAGAUUUACAGAUGCACACGAGGAGUAUAAUGCUGCCUUAAUCGAUGAGAGCCAAAGACAGGAAUCAGUAGUUUACUUCACUGACAUUGAGUCGAGUUUGAAUUUCUUCUGUCACACGGUUAACGACUGGUUGCGUGUAACGGAGAUCCGGAUUCAAGACCUUGAUGUUACUCGCGAUGACAGUGUCUCACAGACAUCGUUCCUGUUAAGGAACAGGAAACGAUCUAGAUGUGGUUCGGCGUACAGCCGAUCUUCUCGAGCUAGUUCCAUUUCUGUUGCAAGGGCAAAAGAAGCUGCGAGAAUUGCAGAGCUUCAAGCCGAAGUACACGCCCUAAAGCAGCGUCAGCUCAUUAACGAAUCUGAAUUACGGCUCAAAAAGGAAGAACUUGAUCUCAAGUUUACAAGGGAUCAAUUAAAACUUGAAACGGAAUUUAAGAAAGCAGUGGCCAGGGAAAGCGUGUAUGCGAAAGCUGAUUCAGAAAGGAACACGCGUAUCGCGUCUUCCUCGCUCACCUCUCGCGUUCCUCGCGUGGAUCCGCGCGCGGCGGCCAUUUCUGAUGGUUUUUCUGGAGAUUUAAAGCACGAUUCAUCUCCGGUCUUCCAUGGUGCCAAUUUCAGACCUAAAGAACACAAGACUAAACACAAGGUUCCAAGUCAGUCCAGUUAA